AUGGUGUUGUCUACUUACUUGUUGGCACUUAUCUUCAUCCGGACAGGAAUGGCAUGUGACCAGCACAUGUUUGACAGCCGAGUUGACGACUGCCUGUCACACUUCAACAAGAGCAUGGAGACAAGUGGCUAUCAGGACAGUUGCCCAUGGCCUACUGAAAAACGCAUCUACAACACACUGAAUAUGUGCGUGGACCACUGGGCAAAAGAGUCUUGUUGUAAGGGUCAUGGAUUUCUGAAAGACACGGUCUUCUUGGAGAUUCAUAAGAUGUACUUUAGACUCUGUGGGCAGGUCCAAGACCCACCGCUCACCACUCUCAUUAUGUUGAUAGCGCCUGUUAUCAUUAUCACACUCUUCCUACCAAUUCUCUGUGUUAAUCUCACUACCUGGAACACUUAGGAUAAGGCCAGCACCUUUGGGC